UGAUCUUUUGGCUUAUCAAGGGCUAUUCUCGGCAUCUAAGGGUAUGACGAAGCUGGGGAUUGUCAUGCGUGGCAGGGUCAACACCAUCUCGAAUUGGACUCCAGCUUAUCGUGAUGCAGCCUGACCAAUAGGAAUGGCUCAUUCUUCUCCAACAACAUUGCGAGACAAUGCCAAACAGUGAGAUUGUAAGCUCAGACUGCAUGGUCAUGACCUUCUAGAUAGAAGAUCAAUCCAAAUAAUUCAGCAAUUCAGCAGUUCAGCAACAACUCCGAACAGCUUUCAAACAUAUAUUCGCCAGUGCCACCUCUAUUCCAACUCUAGAGACUCGCACUUACACAACAUGUCUCCUCCUCCUCGUGCUCUGAUCAGCAUCACCUCUGCUUCUGCCACUCUCUUUGAUGGCAAAGAGACCACCGGUCUCUUCAUCACCGAAGCUCUUCAUCCCUACAAGGUCUUGAGGGCUGCCGGAUUUGAGGUGGACCUCGCCUCCGAGACUGGCACUUACACGCCUGACUGGCUCUCUCAGCAGCCUGACUUCCUCAAUGGCGACGAUCUGGCUAUCUGGAAUGACACCAACAGCGAGUUCCGCAAGAAGCUUGACAACAUGCCCAAAGCCUCUGAGCUUGACCCAUCCAAGUAUGGUCUGUUCUACGCCUCAGCUGGACAUGCAGCCCUCAUUGACUACCCCACUGCAUCUUCUCUCCAAAACAUCGCUGCUCAGGUCUGGGCUAGCGGUGGAGUCGUCUCGACUGUUUGUCACGGCCCAGCCAUCUUUGCCAAUCUCAUUGACCCCACCACCAAUGAGCCUCUGAUCAAGGGAAAAAAGAUCACCGGUUUUACUACCGAGGCUGAGAACACGAUGAAGAUCAUGGGCGAGCUUCGAAGCUGGGGCUCCGAGAUGGUCGAGGAAGUAGCCGCUCGUCUUGGUGCAACCUGUAAGUUCCCUCUCAGGGCGAUGACUGAAGCUUUACUUACGAUAUGAAGAUGAACGUGCCCCUGGUAUCUGGGAUGACUUCCAUGUUGUUGAUGGUCGCUUGGUCACGGGUCAGAAUCCUGCUAGCGCUACUUCGACUGCUGAGGCGGCUGUAGCUGUGUUUGAAAAACUUUGAGCUCCAGAUAUGCGACUGGAGGAGGGGCAAGUGGGUUGUCGAAGUUUGUUGAAUGAGACGGUUCGCAUCGCUAGUGUCGCGUAUCUCCUCAAUCAUCAAUGACAAGAAUCCAUGUAACCAGUAUAAUUAAUCUGUGUCAUUCAUUCGUUUAUUCGUCGUUGUCCGCGCAGAAGUGACUGAACUGCAUCAAUGAUAGCCCAAAUACUAAGUCGCAGCUGUAUCAGUUGUAGUCCCCGAAAUCCCUGGUAGAAGCAUAUCGAGAUCAGCCCAAAAGUCCACAUUCAUCGCCAUGUCCAGGAGAUCGAAAUCUCCACCAAUUGAAUCAAACUGAUUCGCGACUGCGUUCGCCAUUCCUCCUUGGGCAGGUGGAUUAUACAAGACGGAACCAUCCAUGGUUGCCACAGUCGUCGGGCCCGAUUGCAUCUCGAACUGCGCCAUGACGGACUCAAUGUUCGUGUGUAGGGUACGAACGAUGACCGCAGCUUUGGAAGCAGCAUCAAAGCUACGAGCGAAGAUGUCGAGGACAGAGACAGCGAGCUUUAUGGAUGAGCGUACGGCUGGCGCGAGUGGGUGAUUGAGAUACGCAACAGCAAAUCCGACCAAGGUCAUCGCUGCGCUCCAUUGCCACUGGAAAGCUUCAUGCCAGCCGUUGAGGAUUGGAGUCUUGGAUAAAACUUGGUGGUUGAUGUUUGUGAGCUGGAUCGCAUGCUGUGCGCACUUGACUGCCAUUGCCGUUGCCGAACUUCCCUGCUGUGGAGCAAACGACAGAAACGGACGAUGGAGACCGAUGCAAAGGUGAUGAUACUCGAGUUCGAGGUGUAAGCGCUGUCGCUGAAGCCACUGUGGUGCAAACUGCUCGAUACCGAGAAUGGAGUCAUCGAGGGAGUACGGGCUGCCGUAUUUCCGGCUUGUCUUGAGGGCUCGGGGAAUCUGCUUUGUCCACUCUGUGAGGGCUAUUGUUUUUGGGUUCCAAGUAUUUGCAAGAUCUUCCAUUGUGUUUGGAUCAUCAUAGACAGAAUGCCCCUCGGCAACCCUCAACUCAUGACCGUAAAAGGCUUGAUUCAGAGCUCUGGCGGUUUGGUACAACUUCGUGCGCUGCAGGUUGAGACUGAGCCAUGUAGCGUUAUCUCCGAUGGGAGGAAAUGCCGAGCCCGACUCAAUCGCUACUUCAAGGGUAUCACUGGGCAGAUCGGGCAUGACGUACGAGUCGCGAAUAAGAAACGGGCGGCCGACCUUCAUACCGACCUUCGAAUCAGCCUCAAAAACAGACCACCAUAGUCGUCGUCGGAAUUCGCGCUCGUGUCGUGGCAUUGUGGGUGGCGGAUCCAGGUGCAGGCCUAACAUGUAAGCUGUCCGAAUCGCAAGGGAAAUGGUUGUGUCUGCCAUGUUGUGAAAGGAUCCUCCACAAACGUACAAUGCGCAGAGCAAAUGGCAUUGAAGAGUUGAGAUGGAUGGACUCUCGACCUCGCAAGCCAAGAGUGUCUGCGCUCUUCGGUAGUACCAUCGACCAGCCAUGGUUGCAUCGUUGUCUUCGAGGAUGUUGCCUUGCUGACCGCAUGGGAGGGCCGACGUGUGAUAUUGCAUGCACAUGGCGAGUAUGAUGUCUACCAAUGCGGAUGGCUUUCUCGGCGAUCCGGCUGGUACAUCGACGUACAGUGAUUGAUAAUGCGCCUUGAAACUCGCCUCAUCGACCACAGCAUAGAUGCAUGUAUGGUAUGUUUCCCAGUACAGGUUGAUGAAGUACCCUUCUUGAACUGGGGUGAGAUAAAACCCCUCCUCGUUGACGCGCGUGAGAGGUGCCAACAGGCGCGAAGAGUCUUGCGUUACUGUCGGCUGUCCCAACUGUUCUAAGUUGCUAGCGAGGUGAAUGAGCAUGUGGUCGGCUUGAGCGCUGAGAAAUGUGCUGAGUCGGUGGAUGAAGAAGUAAAGUGACGAAGGCCCGAACCAAGCGCUGUGCGGCGAUCGUGCCGGGCGAAGGUACACGCCAUCCCAAAAUUUCGUCUUCGAGCUUUCCUGGGCCGCUGGUCUUAUGAGAGCUGGUGAUCCGCCAGGUGGUGUCGGUUCUUGUUGCUGUGAAGUGGGCGUCUCGCUAUUCCGCGCCUGCAAAAGUUGAGCCUCGAGCUCUUUCACCCGCCGCUUCAGUUUAUCGAUCUCAUCUUGCGCUUGAGGAAGAGUCGUCACAGUAGGCGCGUUAUUGUUACUGCACUCGCGACCGCGCGUGCGACAGUUGAGACAUGGAACGCUGUUGUCGCAUUUUAUCCGCUGGAGUCGACAGCCAUCACAAGCUCUGCCGACUUGUUUUCGCUUCCGCCUAAUGAAUCCGAGUGUUUGGUGAGCUUCAAUCGCUCUAGGGUCUGGCUCACUCAUCGGUAGAAAAAGAAGUCUGCAAAAUCUCCAGAGGUGUUAAAUUGAGUUCAAAGAGAAAAUUCGGUCAUCGGAGAGCGGCGCGCUCUCAUUUUACUGAGAUCGAG